AGUUAAGUACGCGCUUUGAACGCAGCGACAUCGUUCGACGCGCGUUCCCACACAACAUAAAACAAAAUAAAACACAAAACCCCACAAUAACUCCUAGGACAUAACCUUUUACAGUGCAAAAGUGUACGCGACCCGUGCCCCAUGUUACGAAUAUGUGAUUUAACAACGCAGUGUAGUAAUGAGAAUGGUGCUUUGCGUUCAAUGUUCUGACGUGAAUAAUGAUAUGAAACAACAUUUUGUAGCCUGAUAAAUCGGUUGUAACCGUGCUUUUUAUCUCGGUAAUGUGUUGUCAACAUUAGCCAAAAAUAUCAUCCAGCAUUACAUGUAAUGUCCAUCUAAAGCUAUAAAAACAACGAAUAAGUUUAAUUAAGUAACAAUUUAACCACUUAACUUAAUGUUGACAACACAACGAAUUUAUUUUCAAAAGCAUCUAAAACGAACAAUGCGUUUUGUGUCGCCGAAGUAAACCGUUUAGUUGGAUUCCACCGGUGAACUCAAUGCAAGUUCACGUUGUGGUGUACAGUGCGAGUUCGUCAUGGCGCGUCCGAGCACCGCCAGGUACAGACCGACCGCGAGGCACUUCCACAACCAGCCGGAGCUGCAGCGGGGCGGGUUCGGUCUGAUGCUUAGAUGGAUCCUCUACGUGUGGCUGGCCAGCUGUGGACCUCUCGGGAACACGGUUAAACAAGACGGUUGUUCGUUCCCGACGAGGUGGCACGGUCGCUGGUUUCAAUCGGGCGUGAUCCAGUCCAUCACCAUAGAAGGAGAGAGACUAUCGAAUAAAGGAAAGUGCCUGUCUUCAGAAGGAGACAAGUUUCUUAUUGUUGACGAAAAAGGCUGCUACCGAUGCGUGGUGAUGCACGAAAAACACAAAAACGUGCUACAAUAUAAAGAGACGUUCUGCUAUAGAAGAGAUGCAUUACCACACCUUUGCUCGCUGAUCACCGGCGACGCUCUACUUUAUUCCAUGUUCAGAGAAAACGCUGAUCCAGUCGACUGUCCUCUGAAGGCGCCUUUCUCGUUUAGCUAUAAUCGGGGACACGGCGAUUGCAAAUAUCCCGUGUCGACAAUAGAAAGCUGCACAGAAGACUCGAGGCUGCUCCUCAAUUACCAGGCCUGUCCUGACAUACACGCUUCCGAAAGUGCUGUUGAAGAACUCGAAUGCUUAGCGACUUGGAAGGAGGGUAGUUUGCGGUACCUCGUAGGGAAGCUACACCACAACCACGCGACCAGCAACGAAGAUAGAUAUAGAUGCUUCGUCUAUGAGAAAACAAACGGUAUUGCUUCAGGUGGAAAUUUGAAAGAAGAUCCAAUUUCGGAUACUGACGUCGAGUACAGGGUUGCACAAUCGGGCGAUGCGACGUGCAAUGGCCUGUCAAGCGCUACCGAAGGCUCCAGAACAAUGGCACUAAAACGAGUGUCAGUUCGCUUCAACUGUCAAUUUCCGUCGUGGAUGACGUUCUCGCACACGUGGCACACACUAGACUUCACCAGCAACUACACGUUCUAUCAACGCAACGCCACACUGCGGAUCACGAACCAAACGGGGGCCGAUAUCAAAGUAUACUGUGUUAACGUAAAGGCCAGUUCACCCAGCGGGAAUUCUGUGGCGCUAGUUGCGCAUUGGCAACAUCAUUGUGCAUCUCGGUACGUUUGUGUUGUAUUAUACCGAAGAGACACAUACAUAGCUGAAUUGCAACGUGGAGUUCCGACUUCCAAACCUGAUGACGCGUGCUCCCCUCAUCACUUCAACGCCGUCACGGCGCCUUACAUAACUUUGGUUGCAAGCAAUCCCGAAUCAAAGGACUGUCCUUACCCAGGAAAAUAUAAUAUACAAAACAACAGACAUCGAAGAAACGUAAGGUCUUUAGAAAGAAAAGAAUAUUCACAUCGUAGCAGGAGCAAACGAGACGAAACUAUUUUCGAACAUAAUCGUAGAAUUAAUGAUAGUAGACUGUUCAAUCUUAGCGUAAGAAAUGUAUCGAAUGCUCGUAUAAUGAGAAGCAGGAGGCAAGCGGAGAACGCAGAACAUAGUUGCGUUUUUAAUAAUUACAACAAACUUGAAGUUGGCUGUAAUUCGGUGAAGAAUAUGGAGUUUUAUUCGAAUUGCGGGAACAAAGAAAUCGUUACAGCCUACACGUGCCACGGAGGCUGGUACGAAGAUGGUGCUUCAUUUGUUGUGACCACCCCGGUGACCCGGGACAGCACGGCGGCCAGACGCUACUGCUUCAUGUCCCGAGAGACUCGGGGCGGGACCCUGAUCCUCACCCGCUCGGCAAGCAACUGCGAACGAGCUAACGUUGAGCCUGAACUCGUCUUUGAUGCAACAGCUAUCGGAGAGUGUCAAGAUCAGACAAACGGUCAGGAAGCAGCAAGGACGUCAGGGAUCCUGCUAAUAUGCCUGCCACUCAUCGUGCUUUACAUCAUACCAAGAUGAUUCUCGAUCGUAGACACCGCGUUUAGUCAUUUUGAACCCCUAACCUACCCUAACCUGGUUUAGCUAUGGAAAUCUAGCAAAGCUUAGGAAACGUACAGUUUUCUUUCCUAUACAAAAAUUUAUGUUUAUUUUUGCUCAGUUAUUGUUAUUGCCCUUUUUUUUUUGUUAGUUUAGUUAUGAUUUUCUUUUUAUUUAAUAGAUUAGUGUAUGUUUUUUCGCCUUGUCGUAAGUUGAUGCUCCCUUUCUCUUAAGUUUUUUUAUAUGCCGUUGUUUUUUAAUGUAUGUGUGUGUAAAAGUCCCGACUGAAUUUACAAAAUGCUAGUAUCAAAUUAACUUUCGUUAUUUCUCACAGCUCCAUUGCGUGUGUGAACAAAUAUGUAGUGAUGUUGAAAAUUUCUUAUGUCACCAUAAUCUUAAAAAAAUAUUUUUUUAUUACAUAUUGAUUUGAUUUGUGUUAAAAAUAAAGUAUUGAUGAUACCACAUUUACACACAGAUUACAAUCUUUCGAUCUUAAUUAAAUAUUAAAAAUGUUUUUCAUUUAAUAAAAAAAUAAACAAAUUUAGUAUAGGUAACAUAGCUUUUGAUCAUUAGAAGAAGCCAUGUUAUCAGAUUGCACUUUUACUAAUAAUUUUAUUUUUAAUUAAAACGGAUUUUCUCAUUUAAUUAAAAUAGUUCUUUAAAUUAACAACAAUGAAAUGUUCAGUGAUUUUUAAUUUUACUAUUAUUUAAAAACUUAACUGGGUUGCGUAAUGUUUUGUACGCACAAUGUAACUAGUUAUAAGCAUUGAUCGAUAGUAAUUGUUAUAGUUGCAAAAAUGCAUAUGGUUGUGAAAUCAAGUGUUUUUCUUAAUAUUAUAACAGAAUAAUCUCUAAUUUAUAUAGCUAACACUAGCAGAAAUGUAUUGUUCACUUUUUAUUUAUCUAGCAACACCACGGACCAUCCAUACUAAAACAAAUUGUAUCUGUCUUAGAAAACUAAAAAUCGGAUUCUUUAUUGAUUUUGUGGUCUACACGAAGUACCUAAUUGAAUAUUUUAAUCGAAAACCGAAUUUUAAAAGAACUUUUUUUAUUUAAUAUUUUAAAACUAUUCAAACUAUUCUACAUUGCGUAAUUUGAUUUGAAUAGUGAUUUUGGUUCUUUAUGAAAAUAAUUCAUUACUAACACUAGAAACUAUGGCAGUUUGUCCAAACGUUUCAUUUUCAUAUUCCCAAUCAUUUCAUGACUUGCACAUUUAAAGAAUUAGCUGAACUAUUUUUUGUCAAAAGUUUUCUGACUAGCUAUAAAGUAAAUGUGUGCAAAAAAACUUUGUUUUGAAAACUUCGUAUUUCAUUUUAUUUACAUAAUGCUAAAAAAAUAGUACAAUGUAUGAAUAUUUGUUUUUGAACUGUAACAUUUAAAGUUUUCUUUACAUACUAGUUUAAAAAAAAAAAAACUAACUAAAUAGAGGAUGAACCUCCCUUUUUUAAUAAUUUUGAUUUCACAAUUUGGUAUUUUCCAACUGAAGUCUAUAAAUCCUUUGGAGUAAUUUGACCAUCGAUAUUGGAUUAAUUGUUAUUGCUUCAGAAAAAAAUAUAGGCUUAACUACUUUUAUUCACUAAAACUAAAAUCACAAAGAACUUCUAAUAUAUAAUUAAAGCUCACUGAUGCCUAUUCUUUUUGUGAAGUAUCUAAAUUUACCUAUAAUUUGAAAAGUACCUCUAAUUUUAAGUUUAGACAUACUAAGUGGGGUCAAAAUGUUAUUAGAAGAUACACCAUGUAAUGGAUUUCUUCGAUAACUUUUGUAUAAUGUAUUUGUUACGAAAUAAUAAUAAAUAAAUAAAAACGAGAAAGCAAUGUUUUCUCAACGCAAGCAAUACUACUAUAGGCGAAAUUAGAUAAGUUUAAAUUUAGAUAAGUUAAAUUUAAAAAAGGGAAAAUAGAAAACCAAUACUCAUUUUGGGGCGAAUGUAAAAUUUAAUUAAGAAUAGGCUAAUGAAUCGCGACAGCAAUAAUAUAUUUGUAUUUAUAGCUAUUGUGCGUUAAAUUUUAUUAGAUAGUAGAUUGUGAAUAAUGGAUAUAUAGUAUUUUGUUGUUUUUUAAUGUGAGAGAGAUAAAUUUUGGGGAAGCGAGCUCAAGUUGAAAGCAAAACUUACUUUAUGCUAUUAUACUUGAGGACAUCAAUUGUUUUCCGAUGUGUGAUAUAGAAUGAAACAUUGAAUUAAGAAUAUAGAACGUCAGCAUGAUUUUAAAUAAACAGCGAACUUCA